AAUUAGAUGGACUUAUAUAAACUUGAAAUUGAAUUCAUUAAUCAAACACUAAUUAUUGAUAUAGAGAGCGAUACUACUGUUUAAGAGCUAUUAGAUUUUAUCUAAGCAAACACAAAAGAGUAUAUUGUCAUCAUUUAAUCUUUUUUAGUAAAUAUCCUUCGUUAUAAUUAAAAAACUAUACAAUAUUUUGGCCAAAUUAAAUAAACUCUGUGCAAAAUAAUGAAUAAACAAUAUCAUCCAUAUUAUAAGAUUAGAAAUAAGCCAAGAUAAAGUUGAUUAAAAAGUAGAAUAAUCUUAAUAUUCCUUCCGCUGAUUCUAUUUUUGCUCCUCCUUAAACUUAGGCUUAGAAUUAUUUCUAAGACUAAAAUGUUUAAAACAAUAAGAACGAUGCGUAAAUGAAUUAAUAAACAGAUAAAAAUGUAUAAACAUAUGCGUAAAAUACUCAACCUAAAAUUACUUAAUAAGUUUAAUAAUAAAACUAAUAUGCCUAAUAUUACAAUCAAUAAGAUUAAUAACCAAUAUAAAAUGCAUUAUAACAAAAUCAAUAUCCCUAAAAAGUAAAUCAAUUUUAAAAUAACUAAAUUUAGAAUCAUUAACAAUAAUAAAAUUAGGAUUAUUAACAAUAAUAAAGUUAAAUUAUGUAAAAAUUGAAAUAAUUAUAAUAUAUAGAAAUAUCACACUUAAGUAUUAAUAGCAUGAAAAACAAAAAUAGAUAUCACUUGAUAGUUAUUUGGACGAAUUAUACGCAUAGACUUUACAAGAUUUUUAAAUUGAUGGGUAAGAAAUUAAUACUAUAUUUGAGUGAAGUAGAAAUGUUUUUUGGGGAUAUCAAUUUAUCAUAAAUAAAUUCAAAUCUGACCAUUAGAUAAGCUAAAUUAAUUAACAAUUCGAUUAUAGAUUUCAAAGAUCCAUCGUUAAUUAAUAAUUCUGUUUAAAAUUUUUAUGAAUAAAUGAAAUUUCAAAAAGAUUUUUAAAAUGUAAAACAACCUUUUAAUUAGAGCGCCCAAAUACAAAAUUAAGACCAUCAAAUAUAAAAUUAUAACCCCCAAAACCAUUAGGUAUAAAAUUAAAGUCCUGUUAUACAAAAUUAAAACUAACAGCUAUACAAUUAAAGUCCUGUUAUACAAAAUUAAAACCAUCAAAUUUAAAAUUAAAGUCCUGCUAUAAAAAAUUAAAACUAACAGCUAUAAAAUUAAAGUCCUGUAAUACAAUAUUAAAACCAUCAAUUAUAAAAUUAAAGUCCUGUUAUACAAAAUUAAAACCAUCAAAUUUAAAAUUAGAGUCCUGUUCUACAAAAUUAAAGCCCAAAAAGGCUACUGAAUUAGGAUAGUAUUUAAAUAUCAUUUGAGAUUUAAGAUGGUAUAAUAAAGAGACAAUUUUCUAAUAUUUUUUCAAUUUAUAAGACUUUGUCUAAUCUCAUUGAAAACAUUUUAUAAUACUUAGGCCUAAAUAAGUAAUUUUGUUAAUUAUUUUAGCGAUGCUGUUGGAGUAGAUCUUAUAUAUUAAGGGACUGUUUUUUAAGGCCCUAAAUUACAAUGCACUCUAUUUUAAAUGUAAAUGACAUAAGAUUUAACUAUUUAAGCUAAAUUAAGAUAUUUUGGUGGAAAUACCAAAAUAAUUGAAUUUUGA